AUGGACGUUGUCACGACAGAAGACUGCCAGGCAAGUGUCAAGGAAAUCAACAGUACUGGCGAUUUCACAACAACGAAGGAAGUCAAGAGCACUGGCGAUUCCACAACAGAGAUGGAGCUCGACGACAACGAUGGAUCCACAACACCCAAAGAACCAAACCACACCAACAACACCACAGCGCUCAGCAACUUCAACGAAACAGACGAUCCCGCCAGCCUACACCAAUGCUUCCACAAGCUCUUCGAGCAGUCGGCAGCGAAGCACGCCGCCAAGGACGCCCUAUGUUACAACGACGAGGCCCUCACCUACGGCGAGCUCAACGCGCUCGCCAACCGCAUGGCCCGAGCUCUCGUGGAGCGCGGCGUCCGGAGCGGCGAUAUGGUCGGCGUGGCGCUGGACCGGUCCGUCGAGCUGGUCACGGUGCUGAUCGCUGUCAUGAAGACAGGCGCCACCUACGUACCUAUCGACCCAGCCUUCCCCGCCGAGCGGAUAAACCAGAUGAUGGAGGACGCCGCUCCGAAGCUUCUCGUGACCGGAGGCGGUGGCAACCGCGAAGCCUUCGCCGCCUGGGAGAGCGUGUGUCUGGGCGUCGACGAAACACUACAAAUGACAGAUCCGAGCUCCAGCAAUGGGAGCGAGGAGAACCUCGACAUAGACAUACCCAGCGACGGCCUCGCCUACGUCAUGUACACCUCCGGCUCAACAGGGCGACCCAAGGGCGUCGAGGUCAGCCACGGGAGCGUCGCGAACCUGCUCCUGUCGAUGCAGAGGGAGCCGGGGUGCAACCAAAAUGACCGGCUGCUGGCGCUCACCACGGUGUCGUUCGACAUGGCCGUCCUGGAGCUGUUCCUGCCGCUCCUCUGCGACGCGACGACGGUCCUCGCGCAGAGCCACGAGAUUAAAGAUCCGGCCGCCAUCGUCAGGCUUAUGAGGCGCCACGAUGUCACCAUCAUGCAGGGCACGCCGGCCAUCUGGCAGAUGCUGCUUGACUCCGGCUGGCGGGGCGAGCCGCGGCUCGAGAAGAUCUUCUGCGGCGGCGAGGCGCUGCCCCGACCGCUGGCAGACCGCUUGCUGGCCUGCGGCGACGUCGUGUGGAAUAUGUACGGCCCGACCGAGGCCACCGUAUACGCAGCAAUCUGGAGGGUACGCCAGGGACACGCCAUACUGGUCGGAGGCCCCAUCACCAACGGCCGUCUCUACGUGCUCGACGCCGACUUGGCGCCCGUGCCGCUCGGCAGUCCCGGCGAGCUGUACAUCGGAGGCGCCGGCGUGGCGCGCGGGUACCGCAACAACGCCGAGCUCAGCAGCUCGCGAUUCCUCAAGAACCCCUUUCACGAGGGCCUAAUGUACCGAACAGGCGACAAUGCGCGCCUAAUAGCACCCGGGGAGCUGAGCGUAAUGGGCCGCAUCGACGGGCAGGUCAAGAUCCGCGGCCACAGGAUCGAGCUGGGCGACAUCGAGGCCGCCAUAACCUCACACGACGCCAUCUCCGGCGCCGUGGUGGUCAGCCGCGACGACCGCCUGGUAGCGUACUGCGUCGUGCAGGAGAAGGCGCGGCCGCUCAACAACAACAACAUUGAGGCCAAGACGGCGCCACUGGACCGCGUGCUGCGCCCCUGGCUCACCAAACGGCUGCCGGGCUACAUGGUGCCAGCCUUCUUCGUCUCGAUGGCCGCGUUCCCCGUGACGCUCAACGGCAAGACCGACCGCAAUGCCCUGCCGGACCCAAUAGCCUCAAUUCAGCCUAUCACCGCCGACAUGAUGAAGCCCGCCACGGAGCUGGAGGGCCAGAUCCUAGCGAUCUGGUCCGGCGUGCUCGGCCACGACCGCAUCGGCGUCGACGACAGCUUCUUCGAGGUCGGCGGGGACUCGGCGCGUCUCGUGCGCGUCCAGAGGGAGCUCGAGGGGCUCCUGGGCCUGUCGGUCCCGUCGCCCACGCUGUUCGAGUACUAUACCGUCAAGAUGCUGGCUGCGCAUCUGACCAGUUCGCCCGGAGUGGCCGGCCAUGAACUCGUCACCAAGCAACGUCGUAUGAGCGAUGCCGAGGACAUCGCUGUUGUCUCCAUGGCGUGUCGGCUACCUGGUGGCAUUGACACCCCAGAGGGCUUCUGGGAGCUCCUCGAGCGUGGUGGUGACGCCAUUACGGACGUGCCCGAGGGACGUUGGGGCGACGAUGAUGCCCCAGAUAAUGUCAAAUCGUCGUAUUACAGUCGUGGGGGUUUCUUCCCUUCAAUCCACUCAUACGACACAUCAUUCUUCGGCAUAUCACCACGAGAAGCGCGCGCUUUGGACCCUUCGCAGUACAUGAUGCUAGAGACCUGUUGGGAAGGAUUUGAGCGUGCGGGUUAUACCAUGGAGCAACUACGCGGUAGCCAAACCGGCGUCUUCAUCGGCACCAGUAAUAUUCUGGCCCAUCAGCGGUUCAACCGAAGCGACGGCAAUGACUUGGCUGAUCUUGACGGGUACACCGUGACUGGCUCGUCUGCUGGCACGAUGUCUGGUCGGAUAUCCUACCAACUGGGCCUAGAGGGCCCAGCUAUGACAAUAGAUACUGCCUGCUCCUCCUCGCUGGUGGCCACUCACCUGGCAUGCAGCGCGCUCCGGCAGGGUGAAUGCGAUAUCGCGGUGUCUGGUGGUGUGAGCCUGAUGCUCAACCCAGGCCUGCACGUGGAGUUCAGCCGGCUACAAGGCAUGUCGCCGGAUGGCCGUUGUCGGGCUUUCUCAGCCGAUGCUCAAGGCACGGGAUGGUCCGAGGGCUCUGUCGUCACUAUUCUCAAGCGGUUAUCCGAUGCCCAACGCGACGGUGAUACGAUGCAUGCUGUCAUACGCGGCACCGCGGUCAAUCACGACGGCCGUAGUGCCAGCUUGACAACCCCAAGCGGCGCUGCCCAGCGACGACUGAUUCGUACGGCCUUGACGGUUGCCAGACUACAGCCCGACGACAUCGACUAUAUUGAGGCUCAUGGUACCGCUACCAAACUCGGCGAUCCAAUCGAAGCUGCCGCCCUGGCGGACGUCUUCGGGCCCAGCCGUACCAACGUAGAGCCUUUGUUGAUAGGUUCGGCCAAGUCCAACAUAGGCCACCUUCAGGCCGCCGCUGGCCUUGUAGGACUCUUGAAAGUGACACUCGCCAUGCAUUACAGAACAUUACCACAGACUUUACAUAUCACCAAGCCGACUCCGGCUGUGGAUUGGCAGGGUGCCAAGAUGAUGCCGGUGCUGGAGAAACGACCAUGGCUCUCACAUGGUAACCGCCUGCGCCGGGCUGGUGUCAGUGCCUUCGGUAUCGGCGGCACAAACGCCCAUGUCAUUGUUGAAGAACCACCGAGAGAAGUCGCAACUGCUAAUCGUACGGAGAAGGGAACUCGGCAACCUUCAACUAUGCCGUUCCUCCUCUCAGGCGACAGCGAAAUAGCGCUGCGGAGGCAGGCUGAGAAGCUCCAUCAACACAUCAGCACUAAGACCAACCGGGAUGAUGUGAGCGACGUCGCCUACUCCCUAGCGACAACACGCAGUCACUUCCGAAAGCGGUUGGUGUUGAUGGCCAAAGACAGAGCUGAGCUGUUGGAGAGGCUGGGUUCGAUCACCCACCCGGGCUCUUUCGCAUUGCCUGCUACCGACGCUGCCGAGGCGCCACGGCUCGCCAUGCUCUUCACCGGCCAAGGCAGUCAAUGGUCAGGCAUGGGCAAAGACCUGUCCGAGACCUAUCCUGUCUUCCGCGAAGCAAUCCACGAGAUCGCUGCCGAAUUCACCGAGCUGGAUUUGCCGCUACUCGAGGUCAUGUGGUCGGAACCUGGAAGCACAGCAGCCGCAUUGUUGGACCGUACUGACUUUGCGCAGCCUGCUCUGUUCACUCUGGAGGUAGCGUUAUGGCGGCUGUGGCAGGGCUUGGGCGUGAAACCAGAAUAUGUCCUUGGCCAUAGCUUGGGCGAGCUCGUGGCUGCGCACGUAGCGGGCAUCUUUGAUCUGCCUGAUGCUUGCCGAUUAGUUGCUGCGCGUGGCCGGUUGAUGCAAAAUCAAACCGGCAAUACAAGGAUGGUGUCGCUCGAGGCCAGCGCCGCUGAGGUAGAAGCAGCAAUUGAUGAAUCCGGCUUCAGCGGCAAGGUCGAUGUCGCUGCCUAUAACACACCAAUGCAGACAGUCAUUUCUGGCGACAAUAAAGCCGUUGACAAGGUGACGGCUCAUCUCGCUAGGCAAGGCCGCAAGACUAAGACGCUCGUCGUUGGACACGCCUUCCACUCCCGCCACAUUGACGGCAUGCUGGGGGACUUGCGAGCCGUAGCUGAGACCAUACGGUAUAAUUCUCCGCACCUGAGCAUCGUCAGCAGCCUAGACGGCAGGCUGGUUCAUACCGGCCAGCUCGAGCAAGCAGACUACUGGGUUAAACAGGCACGCGAGCCAGUUCGCUUUGGUGAUGGUAUCCGCACGUUGGCUCUCCACGGAGUCAACGUCUUCCUUGAGCUAGGUCCGCAGCAAGUACUUUGUGGGUUGGGUGCAGCAUGUCUUGCGGACGAGGAAGACAGCAAGUCCGCUGCCUGGUUGCCGUCUUGCAUACCUCGGCAAGACGGCGCCUCGACCAUUCAACGCAGUCUUGCCGAUCUACAUGAGCGGCGCGUGCCAAUCGACUGGUCUGCCUAUUUUAGACCCUUUGGCUGUCAGCGCGUAAACUUGCCAACAUAUGCCUUCCAGCGGUCUUUCGACCGUGCAGGCACGCAGAAACUUGCUGCUGCUAAUGGUAUCAGCGAUACCCUCAGCCGUGCGCCCCAUGGCGGUCAGGGGCGCUUCCAGUUCGAGGUAGCAUGGCAUCCCGUGGAAACAGACAACGUGCAUCCUAGCGGAACCUGGGGUCUUAUGCUUCCGGUCAACGACGGGACGUGGGCGGGGCAGGUGGAAGCUGACCUGUCAAGAGCCGGUAUCAAAGUGGUCAGAGUUGAGCAUCUCAAGCAAGCCGAGGGGCUGGAUGGUUUGGUGUGCCUGUGGGACUCGGAUGCGGACGUGAUAUCCCAGACGCGAGAUUUCACUGCAAAGGCGCUUAUACAGCUGCAAACGGCAGCUCAGACUCAGUUUAUGCCACCGCUUGUAUGGCUCACCCGUGGUGCGGUCGGUACUGGGACUGAUUACGACGACCGGGCCAUGCGACUCGGAGCGGGGCCGCUAUGGGGCCUAAUGCGGACUGCCAGGACGGAGCAUCCGGAACUGCACUUACGCCAGGUCGAUUUGGGCGACGUCGACGAAAUGGGCACCAGUAUGGUUUCAGCAGUGAUACAGAGCACCGAGCCGGAAUGUGCUGUGCGUCAGGGCCGAGUGCUUUCGCCGCGGAUGCAGCGGGUCAAGUUGGUACCGAGGCCAGUAGCCAAGCAACCGCUUGUCCGCUCGGACGGUGCAGUCCUGAUAACGGGCGCAUUCGGGGAUCUCGGAACGCGGGUAGCAAUAUGGCUGGCAAGAAAGCACGAUGUUCGCGACUUGGUACUGGCCUCACGGCGUGGCAUGGAAGCCCCCGGCGCGGAUGAAUUGGUCGUCGAACUCUCUGAGCUUGGUGUCCGCGUCACUGUGAUCGCCAGCAAUAUAGCCGAUCCGGAGAGUGUCAAGUCAGUCAUGGAAAUAUUCAGCGAAGCCAGACCGCUGCGAGGCAUAGUCCACGCGGCCGGUGUUUCUGACUCUGGUGUUCUGUCCGCCAUGACGCCAGAGCGGUUUGUGACAACUCUUGCGCCCAAGGUCUUUGGUGCCUGGCUGCUGCAUCACUCAACUCGAGAUAUGGAUCUGGACCUCUUUAUGAUGUUCUCUUCCAUAUCUGGAGUCAUGGGUAUGGCGGGUCUUGCCAAUUAUGCCGCAGCGAACGCCUCACUUGAUGCGCUUGCGCACCUGCGUCGCGCCGAGGGCUUACCAGCCACCUCGGUGGCAUAUGGCACCUGGGUAGGCGGCGGCAUGGCAUCAAGGCUUGUCAAGAACACACUCUCCCAACUCAGUCACUUCGGCCUUGACACCCUGCCACCAGAAGAUGGGCUGGAGCUGCUCGAACACGCUGUGGUCAGCAAUCGUCCACUGACCGUAGCAGCCGCACUAGAUCUGGGACGACUUCAGGGCUACUUCGAGGAACGAGGCGGUAUACCCCCGCUGCUUCGUUCGCUUCUGUUUCAGGACAGCGCCCAGAGCCUCCGAGGCUUGGAUCUGUACAAGGUGUUAAGCGAAGCUAGCCCUGGGCAGCAUUCCGAUAUUGUGCUGAACAUGGUCCGGGAAGUAGUCGCCAAGGCAUUGGGCUUCGCGAAACCACUUGGUGUGGAUGUCGACCGUCCUUUGCGAGACAUUGGGAUCGACUCCUUGACGGCGGUCCAGUUGCGCAAUCAUCUGGCAACACUGACGGGGCUCAAGCUAUCCGUCAAUAUUGCUUUCCUGUAUCCAAACUUGAAGGCGCUCAGCCAGUAUUUGUUGUCUCAACUGCGGGACUCGGAUACGUCGUCAUCAUCUGCGACAGCCUCUGGCAGUGCAACUCCUGCCACCACAGCCUCUGACUCUCCUGAAUUGGACAUGACGGCGAUCCGCAAAGGCUGCUUGGAUAGAAGCUUCACGUUCGACAACGUAGCCAAUGAUCCAACUGCACAUACCAUACGUCCCGAGUCUGUUUUUCUCACAGGCGCCACAGGUUUCGUCGGUGCCUCGGUCUUGCACGAGCUUCUCAAGCAGGGCAUCUCCACACACUGCCUUGUGCGCGCCGACUGCGUCAAUACGGCACGACAGCGAUUGGUGGCCACGCUUGAAGACUAUGGUUUGUGGGAACCAAGUUUUGCGUCGCUGGUUCACCCGACGGUUGGAGACAUGGCUCAACCUUUUCUCGGCCUGACCGAGGAAGCGUUCGAGAAUUUGGCGGAACAGGUCGAUGCUAUAUGCCACUCUGGCGGUCUCGUAGACUGGUUGCGACCACUGGAAGAAUACGUCGGCCCCAAUAUCGUGAGCACCCACGAGGUUCUGCGUUUAGCUUCCUGUGGCCGUGCAAAGGCAGUCCACCUGGUGUCCACGAUCUCGACGAUACCAAAGCAUUGCGGCCUUGAUCUGACUGAGGAAGACCAAGAAUACGGCUAUGGUACCUCGAAGUAUAUCGCCGAGCGCCUCGUCGCAGCAGCACGCUGGCGCGGCGCGAGGGCAUCCGUAUACCGGUUGCCUUAUGUGACAGCCUCGACUACGACUGGAUACUUCCGACUCGAUCGCGGCGACUUCUUACACAACUUUAUCGUUGGAUGCCUCGAGCUGGGGGCGUUUCCGUCAAUUGAUGCCGAUAUGUCGGCUGUGCUACCCGUCGACUACCUGGGCAAAACCAUGGUCGUCGUGAUGACACAAGAUUUGCACCAGAUAGGCCGUGAUUUCGACUUCAGAAACUCGCGUGCACCAACCUGCACCGACUUCUUUAGGCUGGUAGGGAAUGUUAGUGGUGGGAAGGAGAUCAUGACCUUCAAUACGUGGAAGCAACGGGCACUGGACUAUGCUACUGCCUAUCCAACAAGCCCCAUAGCUCGCAUCACUGCUGUCCUGGACAGUUAUACUGACAAAACCGCGCCUAGUAUGUUUAAGGGGUUGCCUGUUGGGGAUAACGUAUUUGGGGGCGAUAAUUAUCCGGCGCCCUUGGUCGACGAACGGUCGAUGACUGCUUAUUUGAACCGUAUUGGCACUCGAGCCGCCAAGGCGAAUACGAAGAGGUAA